AUGGCGACCACCACCAUCGUCGCCUCAAACCCACACCACCGCAAGAUCGAGCUCCAGUCCCCCCUCGACCUCACGCACCUCCAGUCCCAACUCUCCACCUGCGCCCGCGCAAAGCUCGACCUACACUUUCCCCCCUCAGCCCUACGCUCCAAGCCCGCAACCCACAUCUCCCUCGGGCCCUCAGACCCCGCUUCAUCAUCAGCGCCCGGCAACGAAGGUGAAGAAGACGACCCCCUCCGCGCACACGUCCAACGCCUCACCGACGCCUUCCUACACCGCACCUGGUCCGGCGCCGCCUCCUCCAUCAGUAUCAACGGUCUAGACGCACACGCGCUACCGCAAUUCGCUGCGACUCCCCCCACCACCACCACCUCCACAAUUCCAACAACGGGACCGCAGACCCAACAACCCCCGAACCCAACCAACAAUCACCUCCCCCCCACCGAACGCGAAGGCAUCGACUUCACCUACUCGCCCUACGACUCGCGCCUGCAGACGCGCCUCGCCGAGCUCUACGGCGAGCUCGAGUCCCUCACGGCGCAAGUGUCGAAACUGCGGCGCCAAGCCCCCGCCAGUGGCGCCGAGGCGUACGAAGCGGCGCUGCGGCGCGAGUUGGCUGAGGAUGAGGCUAAUCAUGAAGCUGAGGUUGCGAGGGCGAGGGAUCUGGAGCAGAGCGAGGAGAUAAUGAAAGGGAGGGUGGGGUUGCGGGAGGGAUGGCAUGAGGAUGUGCGGAGGGCGUAUGAGGAGGCGACGGUGGAGUUGGCGCGGUUGAGUGGGAUGAAGGUCGAGGGGGUGGGCGAGGCUGGAGGAGGGUUGACGGCGACGGUGGGGAAGGUGCAAAGGGCCGUGGGCGUUGCUGAGGAGUUGGAGUAA